AACAGGUCUGACAGCCCCAGUUGUCUCUCUCACCUGCUAACACACACGAACUCGCCAGCCCGCGCGCGUGUGUAUAUGUUAACAGGUAAUGUUAGUUAAGGACAGACUGGGACCAUCUCUUGGCUCACCAGAGUUUCUUCUUCUCCUACGUUGCGGCGCACCUGUAUGCCGAGUGUGUGUGAUGUGUGUCUAGACACCGUUAGUCGUACGUCGGGAAAGAGCGAAUGGAAAAGAAGUGCCUUUUCGAUUCAGUCGUUGGCCAUCGUUAGUAGAGUUCACUGGUCAAGGUGCUGGUGAUUUCAACAAGUGGGCUGGUACCUAACCACUGCGUUGGGGCUUACACACACACACACUCAGCGAAAUGGCCACCAUGCAGUACCACCACCAACAGCAGCAGCAGCAACAGCGAUUCUACAACACUCUUGGAGGUCAGUCUUCCUCCGGGAACAGGCCACCCACAAUGCAGCGCAGGCCCAAGACCCAGGGUCAAGAAGAUGGUCCAACUCCCAUUUGUCGAUGCAGAGUUCUGUACCUAGGCUCAGCUGUUCCUCAAGUCACAAAAGAUGGCCUCCAAGGCAUUCAGGAACCCUUGAGGGAGCUGUAUCCCGAGGGAGGAGCGAUGGGCGCUAAAGGAAUCGACUCUUGGCUAUCGGUAUGGAGCAACGGUUUGCUGCUAGAGAAUGUGGAUGAGAAUCACCAGCGCGUGACGCGGUUCUUUCCCAUCGACUCCCUGCACUAUUGUGCAGCCGUCCGCUACGUUUUAGUCCCGUCUACCUCUCCGUCAGCGGCCGGUGGGGGACCUGGUGGCGGCGGCAGUGCGGCCGGAUCAGAAUUGGGCGUCGGAAGAAUGGCUCGUUUCCUGCCUCUGGACUCUCCGUUUGCCCGCCACCCCAACAUUCACCACCCGCCCUUGUUUGCCUGCAUCAUGCGCCGCACGACGGGCAUCAAGGUGCUGGAAUGCCACGUCUUUAUUUGCAAAAGAGAAACGGCCGCCAACGCUCUGGUGCGAUGCUGCUUUCACGCCUACGCCGACUCGACUUACGCCCACCACCUCGAAGAGGAGGAACAACAACAAGGAAAAAACUCGGCAAAAGGGACGAGGCCGGGACCAGGUCGGCCCAGCAAUGGCUCGGCCGUGGUCGUAAGCGCCGACUCAGACAUGACCCUCAAUUCCAUCGAGAAAGUCGAAACGUGGAAACUCUACCAACAGCAGCAGCAGCAACAACUGCAGCAACAGCAGUCAAAUGGGCAGACACCCAAAGCGGCCGCAGAGGAUACGGCCAGAGAAGGAAGCACCAGCAGUCAUGGAAUGGGCAGCGCAUCCGUUUCGAUGCUGAUCCUGGAUCACGGCUCGGCCGACGAAGACACGGCUUCAUCCAUCGUUAACGGAGACCAGAACCACAAAAUUUGGCUGCCGUCGACCAGUAAUUCGACUGGAGUUCCUCGCCGACUGGCCGCUUCCGGCCCUGUGGCUCCCGUGGCCGACAUGUACGGCGGUGGUGGCAGCAAUCCAGCGACUAACACGAUGCGGAGCGUCCGCUCAUCGGCCUCUUCGAUGAUGCCCAACACGUUGCAGACGAGAUCGUCUCGCCCCCGACAGAUUUUGGCUCCGUUCGCCGCCCCACCUCCGCCACCCCCUCUGGUGCAACCGACUGGCUUGGACGAGCCGGACAGUAAAUUGUUAAUGAAGAAGAUGAGAAAGAAGCGAAUCGGCGGCCGAGUGGGUGGCAGCGAUAUUGACGACAUGUCUUCUGUGGCGACUGGCCCCAUCAAUGGCGGCCGACGAAGUUCUCACAGUGUUUUCAACUUCCCUAUCCAUCGAGGAGGAGGAGGAGGAGGGGGUCACCCUGGGGUUCCGCCACCUCCGGGCUAUCCCAUGAGCUACCCGUUUUUUCCUGGGCAACGCCAACCGCCGCCGCCGCCACACGGAGCUUAUCUCGUUCCCAUGCCUAUCCCACUGCCCGCGCACAUUUCCACCAACGGGAAAAAGUCGAAGGGUUUGAAAUUCGGCACUUUUAGCGCUCGUGGCGUUGGCAAGAAAAUCAAAUCGAAAAAUCUCCAACAUCCGGCCGGAAGCAUGAUGUUCCUUCCGCCCCAUCAUCCUGGCCAAGCUCCCGGACCUCCCGUUAUGGCUCCACCGCCCAUGGCGUUGGGUUUGCCCGUCCCCAUGAUGGCCCCGCCGCUGUCGAUGCGCCGAGGCUCGAUGAUGACGACGUCAGCAGAGGAGCCGAUUUACAUGCCGAGUCAAGUCCGUCCGCUUAGUCCUAUCGCCUCGUACGCUCCGGCCCAUUUCCCGCACGAAGCCUAUCUGAUGCAGCAGCACUACCACACGACGCUGGUCCAGCAACCCAAGGGCUCGCAGCAGACGACGCUGACGAAACUCAAGAAAAAGGACAAGAUGAAGAAGAAGAUGAUGCAGCAACAGCAGCAGCCGAUGCAACCGAUGCAGCCGCUUCAUCCCCUGCAAAUGGACGCCGCCCAGCUGAGCGCUAUGGAUGCAAUGAGUCUGCACGGAGAGGAAGUGUCGCUGAACAGCCAGUCGGGCGGAGGAGGCAUCUACCGCAAGGGCCACCUCAACGAAAGGGCCUUUUCGUACUCGAUCCGGCAGGAGCAUCGAUCCCGUUCUUACAGCUCCCUGGCCGGUCUGGGUGUCAGCGGAGGAAGCUCGGGCGGCGGCGGGGCGGCUUACCCGAGUGGACCCGAAGAUUUGCGGGCCCACGACAAGAAGGAGCGCGAGUUGAUUCAAAUGGUUCACGAUCUGGAUCUGUCGGGCGAUGACCUGGAGCGUUCCGAAGUGCCGCUAGCCAUGUAUCCACAUCACCACCGGCAGCAGCCUCGUUAAAACUUCAUUUUCUCUUCUCCAUUCCACAUGGAAUGAACACGACGACAACAUCUGACCGGUCGACCUGCCCGUCCGUCUCUUCAAUCUUCAAUGCUGACAACGGAUCAAAAUUGAAAAUAAUCAUUAAAAAAAACAUGUCCAGGAAAAAAAGACAAAAAAAAAGAUUGCAUAAUUUUUGACUUCACUAAAUCAAGUAAAAAAUUUUUAAACUAUAUUCCAUCCCACUUAAAAAAAUUUAAUAUCCAUUUCCAGCCUUUUUUCAAUAUUAACUUUUUGACAAUGCCGAUGAUAUGGAGUUAAAGAACUAUUCUAAUUAUCUAUUCAUAGUUUAGAUAUGUGCCCAGGUCACUUAUUUUCCCUUAGACGCUCAAUGAAGAUUUCCUCUCUACCCUCUUGUCUCUCUCUUUAUACAUUCAUUUACUUAUAUUCUUUUUUAAAUACUAAAACAACUCCCCUCUCUUUUUGAAUUUCUGUUGAAUUUUCUUUUGUCUUUUUGUCUGUGGUUGGUAUUUUAGUACAUCCAAUCCUACCGAUGAUUGCGUUUCCCUCGUGAAUGAAGAGUGUGUGAUUGUGCCAUUUGUGUGGUGGAAAUGAAUUGACGCAAAAGGUAAAAAGACAAAAAAAAUAACCGUGAAUGACAGUCAUGUGACCUGAUUAGUAUCAUCAUCAUCGCUUCCUCUUUUUUGUUGUUGUUUCAUCAUCCCGUGUAAUUGUGGACCAACAAUCAUUUUAAUUAAAAGCCUCAUUGUCUUGGGUUUUUCUUCAAUUAAGGGGGAUUUUUGGUUGCAGGUAAAUCAAGAGAAUGAAAGUGAUGCAAAUGGUUGAAAAUUCUGAAUGAUGCAAUUGACUUUUUGGAUGAGAGAAAUUAUUAAACACACAAUACACGUCAUGAUUAUUCGGUCGAGGAA